AUGCGACCGUUCACGCCAAACGCCAGGGUCCUUCCUGGCCAUUUACCUCGAGCUGCGACGCCGGUAAAGUCAAUACUCAAGCCUGCCUCUGUGCUCGGGAGGAGAAAGAAUUUGGACGACGACAUCGAGUCUUCACCCACAGCGGCCCCGGAGAGCCCGACAAAGCGACGAAAAGUGCUUUUUGACGACAUUCGAAAUGUAACGUACGAAGUUGGCCGCAGAACAAUGGACGACGUCAAAUUGGAAGUACGGGCUGCGCUGGAGGCCCAUCUCCGGGGGAAUGACGGCCAAUAUGAUAUGUUGAAGGAGUUAUUUGCCAAUGACAAACAAAGAUACCUGCCUCCCGUGGUAGGAGAAGAAGAUGAUACACUUAAACCACACGAGCUCCAAGUCUACGUAAUGGCUUUGACGAGCUGCAUACCGAUUCUGAAAGGAAGGCAAUGUAAUGGUUUGGUCAGGACGAUUUUGAAGUGUUCCUGGCUGGGACGCGACGCUGCCUUUACAAAGGUCUUUACACAUUUCUUGGCCGCCCUCGUCAGCGCACAGGGAUCUUAUCUUGUACCAGUCCUGUCAAUGAUGGUGGACAAGUUUCGCGAUACUCGACCGUCAUCGUGGAGCGUGCCCGACUUCCCAGAGGUCAGCAGGGUCAUCAUGCGCGAUCGACUACACUCUGGCAUCCAGUAUAUUUUGCAGAUGUUUCCUUCUGCGGCAGCCGUUCUUGAAAACUUGCUCAGCUCCAAGUUCCCUUUCCCCGACGAAUCAGUACGGGUACACAUGGCCUACAUCCACAACCUUCUCCAGGUCAAGAAGUACGUGCCUGCUUUGCAGGACGAUAUUCUGGAUCUCAUUUUAAACCGAGUCGUCAAGAUUGAUUCCCAGAUGCAGGUGGACCUAGAAGAUCUGGACGAUGAUGUAACCGCGGCCGUUAUGUACGCGCUGCGGGAGAAUCCGCGACAGCCAUCAGCUUGGGAGGACGACGACUCUGAUGACAGCGACAACGAGUCCGUUGACAGCGAAGAUUUGGACUACGACCAAGACGCAGUGAGAAUCAAGACUGUCAAGGAGAGUGUCGAGAAGAUGGAUGCUGUCUUGGACACGCUCUUCUCAGUCUACAGCCCGCAUUUUGACAAUCCCGGAUCCGACAGGGCGUUCGACAUGUUUACGACGAUCCUUCGCGAAUUUGAUCACAUGGUAUUGCCUACCUAUAAAUCAAGACAUACGCAGUUUCUGAUAUUCCACUUCGCGCAACAACACGAACGCCUUACCGAUGCGUUCUGUGGCCAGCUUAUGGCGACGGCGUUUCAAUCGAACACGCCAAACGUCUUGAAGCAAGCUGCAGCAGCAUAUCUUGCAAGCUUUGUGGCCCGCGGAGCACAUGUCCCGCCGAGUUUAGUGCGAACCAUGUUCGAUUUAUUGCUUCAUCAUCUUGAGCAAUAUAGAAGAAAAUACGAGCCGCUGUGUCGCGGACCAGAUCUGAAGAGAUUUCACCCAUAUUAUUCGCUUGUUCAAGCUACUUUAUACAUCUUUUGCUUUAGAUGGCAAGACUUGGUUGUAUCUGCUCCGGAAGUCGUGGACCCAGAGGAUCCGGCGUCAUAUAUUGGCCAGGACCUAGAAUGGAUGGGAUCUUGCAGAAAGGACCUAUCCGUGCAGAUAUUCGGCAAGCUGAAUCCACUCAAGGUGUGCGCACCUGUUAUCGUGGAAGAGUUUGCGAAACUAGCACACCGUCUCAAUUUUAUGUACGUUUAUCCGCUGGUGGAGAGCAACAAGCGGGUUCGAUUGACGCAGUUUUUGUCGGCGACGUACGCGACGGGUGGUGCGCUACGAGAUGCCGGGUACGAGGGACAAGAAGAGAGCUUCCACCAAUUGGACCCAUACUUCCCGUUCGAUCCAUACCAGCUGCCGAUUAGCAAGCGAUGGCUUGCGGACGACUACGUGCACUGGAAGUCGGUGCCUGGACUGAACGAGGAGAGGGAUGAGGACAGCGACGACAUGGACGAAGAGGAUGACGAUGACGAGCAGCUGGAGGAGCAGACGGCGACAGACAGCGACGGUGAUGGGUAUCAGUUGUGA